AUGGCUCGCAUUGCCAGUGACCAGGUCGUAGAAUUUUCACUAACGGAGGUACAGUCCGACCGGGUUCGUCAAUCGAGGAUGCUGCUGGGCCGCCUCUUCACUGAGGAUAGGCUGACUCCAAUUGCACUACGUGCAGCGAUUAAUAACCCAUGGCAAGGCCAGGGAAGAAUCAAAGUUAGGGAGGCGGCGCAGGGACUGUACGAGUUCGUCCUCCCUACUGAAGCGGCGAAAAACUGGGUGCUCCAGCGCACGCCAUGGGUCAUCAAUGACAAAAUUCUUCACCUGAGGGCCUGGACGCCGAACAUCACUACUCGAACGUUUGAUGAGAUGGCAAUUGCACCAUUCAGAGUCCAAAUGUGGGAUGUGCGGGAAGAAUGCUGUACUCAGCAAUUUGGACGAAAGGUAGCGAGUUCCACCCUUGGCCGGGUGCUCGAAGCAGGAAUUUUCUCCUGCACGGAUACUACUAAUACUUUCAUCAAAGUCAAGACCCUCAUAGACUUUUCCAAACCGUUACGAUCUCAGAUUUGGGCAACCAAUGAAGAAACGGGAUCUUUUUGGAUUCGAUUCAAGUAUGAGCACCUACCCAGUUUUUGCUAUAACUGCGGGCGUGUGGGACACUUUCGACAAAACUGUAUGUUUGAUCCGCCAGCACGAAAAGAGCGGUUUGGUCCUCACAUGACGACCAAAAAAAUGGGAAGGAAAAUCUUCGAGGAAGACGACCAAAUGCCGCGGCUUUCUGGUCACCCAAACUCAGUCUGGAUCAAUUCUAAUGUCCGUCAAAAGACUGGUCAGGAUGAUCGUGAGAUACGGCGCACUAUGCCGAGGCAAGACCCUAUUCCCAGGAAACCUCGUGCGGUAGAUGACAGUCCAUUGUGGAUGGGAUCAUCUGAUUCUCCGUUCAUCACCACUGAGGAGGCCGAACAACGAGCCAAAAUGGGGAGAAGCCCCCUCAAAUUCCCAAUUCCGAAGGCAGCCCCCAAAGUCAACCUGGGAAGGCAGGUCCGCCGUGGUAAAGGGAAGGUGACAGCAGGUGGCAGCCCGAUGGAGGUUGAUGAAAAUCGAGACCUGAACCCGGUGCCGCGCCGACGGGGAAGGAAUGGUCGGUCGACAAGAAAUGACCAAGGGACGGCUCCCACUGCUGCUUUGGAGCGCAAAGUGAAAAGCACGACUCGUCGUACGCUCCCGCCCGACGCUGAUGGACCACCCCUGCCGGAAGAUGAUCGGCCACCGAUACGGCAACCAGUUCCGUGUGGGUUCCCGGCGCCGCAGCUUUCCCAAUCCCAGACUGUUCCUCCAUCCAAAGCGACGGGAAAGAAGAAGGGCGAGCGUGUUCGGCCGGGCCCCAUUAAAACUAAUGGGCCGGCCCAAGACUUGCAGCGGCCCUCAGCCUGUCUAACGGACCCAAAGGCCAGAGGGAAAAUGGGGAAAUCAAUUGGGGGGCUGACCGGGUCCAGAAAGCCCAAGAAAUUAACCCUGGCGGAGCCCGAUGAGUAUACACAGGCCUGUGAAACUGGGCAGGCGGAUGGAGCUGCUUUGGAGUCGCCACCGUCGCCCAAGUCCUCUCCCUACUCGUCCACUCACAAGGAGGGUAUCGUGGAGUCGGAGGACACUCUUUCGGAGGACGAGGCCAAAGUCUAUGAGCUUCGACGCCGAGUUCCUUCGACGUCAGGGGUGCUAAAACGGCUGGUUAAGACGGCCCGGGUGAGUCAAGUGGUGAAAGCAUUUGAACUUGGGCUGGCAAUGACGGAGAAUGACGAGGAUGGCAAUACGAAGCAACCCCAAUCUCAGGCCUGUAGGGACAUGCUGGACACAGGUGUCGCCUUAGCUGCUAAUACCCCCCUGGAUGAGUAUGGUAGUAAUUUUUCGGAGAUAGGGGCUGGUGUGAAGAAACGUCAUUUUGACGAGAUAGAUGGGGAGAUGACGGAUAUCCCGACCCCCAAAAAACAGUUUGUUGAAGAAAAAGAUGAAGCAAAGGUGGAGGAAGCCAGCCUCGAAUGGCCCCAACCGAAUAAAUGA